AUGGAGUACAAGGAUGAUUCCGAGUUCUUGGAUGAUAUCCAGAAGUCCAAAACCCGAUCCAAGGAAAUCGUGAGAAUGCAAAUGCACUUAGCUUAUCUUGAUGAAUCAGAGCCCGCAAGUGAAGAUGAAAAUCAAGCACCAGCUAAUGCCGAAGAAUUUAAAGUUGUCAGAAAGUUUAGCUUACAAAAAUUCCUUGAGGCACACCCAAUCUUAAAUGUCAAAGACCUUUGUAACUUUCUUUGGAUCAACUCUUGUAUUUAG